AAUUGAAAAAGAAUGAGGCCCAGGAAGAAAUCCGUGAGAAAAGUAACUCACGUUGUGAGACUAUGAGAAGGGGUGAAUAUCAGUUAGUCUCACGGCCAAACCGUGAGACUUGGCAACCUUGAAAAGAGGAAAACUUUUUUCUCACCCUGUAGUAUAAUUGUAACCUUAUUUGUAAAAGUUGUAAGGUAUAAACAUUUCUGUAGCAGAUGAACGAAAGUAUGACACUAAAGUAUAAAUUUUGAAGUAAAAACGCGUAAAAGCAUUACUUAGCUUAUGAUCACACCCUAAAAGAGUGAGGCACGCCCCUUUUGUCUGCAAAAAUCAUUUCUGUACCCCUUCUUAAAAAGUAUUUGGCUUCGCCCCGAGGAUCCCCUUAACCUUUAGGGCCCUCAGGAAAUUGUUAUUUUACUUUGAAGUUGGUAUUGGGAAAGUGACAAACAUGUUCAAGUGGCCUCGAGCCUGCAUGAUAAUUUAAUUGAUUGUCUUUUGAUUAGCGUUUUAUGUUUUUUCUUUGUAUCGUUUUACUUAUGCUUAUAAUUGGAGGGCCCCCGAACUGAAAAAUCCCUAGGGGCCCCAGCUGCUUCCGUUACGCUACCGCUGAGAACACCUGUGCGCGAGGAUGACAGAAAUGACAACAACAACAACAACAGAAUUGUUUGAAGGAAGUUUGGACUUUUAUAAUUGAGAAGGAAGCAACAAGACAACAACAACAACAAAAGGAAGCAACAAGAACAGGGUUGUGAAAUGCAAACAUAAACGAAACAAAAUGAAAGUAAUGCUUCCUAACUAAACUACCUGUGUGAUAAUUAACUAAAGAACGAGGCAGGCAUGGAAGAGGGAAAGGAUCCGCAAGAAGAUCAAAGUAACAUGUAUUCCAGGCAGUUCAGUGCCAACGGAAGGGCAACCAUUAAGGAAGGAUGGGGUGAGAAAGAAAGUGGCCAGAAAAUAUUUGGCCAUUACAAUUGGAGAAGAAGAUGGUUCAGACUAACUGCAAAGGGGCAUAUUAUCCUUUUCUCAUAUUACACAAAACCAACUGACAGCAAUGCAAAAGGAGAAGUUAUGCUUAAUCAAGAGUAUACUGCAAGAGAACUAGAAAUGGGCGAGAAGUCAAAACCAAAUUGUUUUGCUCUCGGACCUCUGACUGAUUCUUCAGCGCUACGAACGUAUUAUGUCAGCUGUGAUUCUGAAGACGACAAAGUGGACUGGAUCACGACAUUGAAUUGUGUUAUAGAAGGAGUUCUCGAAAAGGUUUUGAAGCGUAAAUCAACGUAUCGCGCCCAAAGCACGCGAAAGGAUAAAGGAAGACGGGUGACAUACCCUCCUCCACAACUCAGUUCCAAAGGUGAUACAUUUUCGUAUCAGCGAUUCAAAUGGCGAAUGGAUCAAUGGAAGCUUUUAUGCAGAGAAGUCAGCGAAGGCAAAUGGAAGAAAUGCGAUACAAAAAAUGGCAUCAGUAUCGCAAGGCAGUCGUUUAGGGAUAGCGAUUUGGCAGUUAUUAAGAUUGAAAGUGUUUUUAAUGUACCAAAACAGUUUAUUUAUGAAUAUCUUCAAAGAGCGCUACGACCCGGGGGCAAGUUUGAUUUCAUAUUCAGAGGCGAAACAGUAUUGCAAAGGAUCGAAGGUAUUUUUCUAGUUUAUAAUUUCAAAGUUCUCGAAAAGGUUUUGAAGCGUAAAUCAACGUAUCGCGCCCAAAGCACGCGAAAGGAUAAAGGAAGACGGGUGACAUACCCUCCUCCACAACUCAGUUCCAAAGGUGAUACAUUUUCGUAUCAGCGAUUCAAAUGGCGAAUGGAUCAAUGGAAGCUUUUAUGCAGAGAAGUCAGCGAAGGCAAAUGGAAGAAAUGCGAUACAAAAAAUGGCAUCAGUAUCGCAAGGCAGUCGUUUAGGGAUAGCGAUUUGGCAGUUAUUAAGAUUGAAAGUGUUUUUAAUGCACCAAAACAGCUUAUUUAUGAAUAUCUUCAAAGAGCGCUACGACCCGGGGGCAAGUUUGAUUUCAUAUUCAGAGGCGAAACAGUAUUGCAAAGGAUCGAAGAGUUUCAAACAAUUACAGAAGUGGUACGAAACGACUAUGAUGUUCCUCUCCCAGGCAUGAAAAAGAGAGACGUCUGCUUAGCAAAAAUGUGGCUACCAGAUUUUAUCACUAGUGAUGGCACUGCCGGACUGCUAGUGAUGUCUGUCAAACAUCCAUCAUCCAAAUCAAUUAAGGAUAUGGAGCGUGCCUUUAUCGAUGUAUCAGGCAUGGUUUUGUAUGACCAGGAAGGCGAAAAUGGUGAAAUGUGCACACGAGCCGUUGUUGUCAUUCAAGUUGAUUUACAAAGUGCUUUGCAGAAUAUGUUACGAGGGGCUUUCAAAUCAGGGUUGUUGAAACGAGGCAUACGAAAUGGAUUCAGUUACUUUUCCAGUUGUCUCAAUGCAUACAAAGAAAUGCUGAUGAUCUAGGUAUAUAUAAUUGUUGAGAAUCCCAUGACUAUUCAACUGAUUUUACACAUGAUUUUUUAGCAGACUUGAGUUUCUACUCCUUUAUAUGGAUAAGAGAUUUUCUAAAAAGUAUUACUCUUUUGAAAUAUUGAACUAGUUUCAUUGAACGUCUUAAGAUUAACAUAUGUUCAGUUUAAAUUAUGUACUAAAAUUCUAUGUAAACUAAGUGUAGUUAGCCUCAUGCAAUGAAAGGAAUUGAUUUAGCCGGUUUUGUUAAAAGAAAUGGUAUCAACUUUCAUAACUUUAGUAUAGGGAAAAGCAUAAAUUUGGUUCUGAGCUAGUUUUGAAAAGGGGUACAGUAAGAAUUUAAUCGAAAUUUGUAAAGGUUUUUAAAAGAGCUGCCUUUUUCGUUAAAGGUCCAUAUUUUUUGCCUGUAUAAGAAUCCUGCCGUACGCUCUUUCCCUGAAUUCCUAGCAAACUAUAGAUUUCGUAUUAGUUUGCAGUUAAUAGAGCGCACGUUGCAAGGCAAGUAUCCAUUUUAUUGUUUACACGGGUAUUUUGCUUCGAUAACACUGCUAGUAAAUUUUCAUUUGCUCGAAAGAGAUGUAGUUAUGAACAGUAACGUUGAUAGAGAAACUGCGCCCAUUGAAUGGGUAAAGAAGACAAGCAGUGACAAUACACUGUACAUGACUAUGGCCAUGCAGUUUCAUUUGUUAAGCGAUGUGAUGUUUUUCAUGGUUGAAAGUCUAGAUAGAAAGGUAUAUCAAUACUAGUAACUAAAUGAUUUGCAAUGCAUUAUUGAGUGAAUUAGACAAUACAAAUGCGGUAUCGUUGUCGUAUCUAUUAAAAAUCGAUGCUAUGGACAAAAACCACGCUUAGAGCUGCGAUUUCUAAUAACUGGUCUCCUUAAGAUAAUUUGUACCGAUUGUUGAACAUGCUAUUUCGCAACUGUGCAACACCUGUGAGGAGCUGAUUCAAAAUGCAAAGCUGGAUGGGUCUAUUGUGUAGAAAAUAACCAUGACCUGUGCUCGUAUGAUUUUGAGAUGUUGAUUUAAAGCCAGAUCUCAACUGUCCAGCUAUUUGUUGCAAUAUUCGGCUGUUUUUCGCAAAGCAGCUUCCAUUUUCUUAAUGAUAAGUGUUGAAUAAAGUCGUAUUGUAGUUCUGUGCUUAAAAACAAGUUUAAAUAAAGCUUUUUAUAUCAGUAAUCAUUCUGGUAUCUCAACCCCUAAGAUGAACAUCAUCACAUAUAUUUCAAAAUGUUUACUAUUGUAAAAUUAGGUCUUUCGUCUUGUAAUUAAAAAGUUUCUUUGUGUAUUACUAUUUUGACGAGACACUGAUGCUUUCAUUUCAAACAACUUUGGUCAACAAUUGUCUAAGUAAUAGAGAAGAACUUAUUUCAAAUAGAAUUGUGUCGACUUCAUUAAAGGGCUUCAGAGUGUGUUUAGGAAUACACACUGGUGCCAUAUACGUUUAUUUUUCACAGAUUGAGACAGUCAGCAUUGGAAAAAUAUUAGGCAAACGUCUGUCUUUUCAGCUGAAGUAAAUUUUAACGCUACUCGUGAUCCAUCUUGCUUUUUUAUAUAUUUCUGCAUAAAAUCAAAUUUCCACAUGGACGCUGCUUGUUAAACAAAUUGUGUUCAGACUACCAUGUUACCGAAACACUUCGCCUUGUGUAAUCCUUUGGGGGUAUUUGCAGCUCAUCCUUUGUUCCUGUUUCACAAUCAGAUGCCUCCCGCAUCCAUGUCCCAAAUAACUCCUUCGGAAUUUUCUUAUCGCUGUAUUUUGGAACAGUAAGAAAGUCAUUAGUUUGCGACCGUUCCUUUCCCCCACUCACGUUGUGACCUUUCGGUGUAUAAACGCUAUUAAUUCUACGAAUGAUAUUUUUAUCCUUGGGUAUACGCCUGCAACAUAGGGUAGCCUCGUUAAUAGUCUUCUUCGAAUCCUCCAUUGCCUUUUGCAAUCGAGGCAGAGAUAUGACUUGGCCUUCCCGUUUAGCUGGGGUCUUUGGGGGACGUGAAUUGCUGCGCUCUUCGCUUUUCUUCGUGACUUUACACAUUUGCUGCCAGGGAAGUCUUGAUCUUUGUGUAGUUGUCCGACUAAGGAUGACUUGGGGUAGUCCUGUUCUUAUGAGUUCCUCGUUGUUAUUGAAACUACCAGAACAUUUUCUUGUCUUCUCGCGUUCGAUAACCAGCUGUCUCUCCAUCCUGUCAAUAGAUGUUUUUAGUUUUAACUUGGCCUCCUCUAAAUGCUGAAAGUUUUGCUCAAGUUUCCACGCCUCGUGUAUAUUUUUGCGUACAAGUCCGUAAGAUUUGAUAUGUUCAGUGCUCAGAUCGCAAUCUUUUGCACCUUCUCUCAGGUUUGACGGUGCUAAAUGUUUCCCCUCCAUCGACUCGAUUCAAUAUCUCAGUAGAAACAAACAACAACCAGCUUCUUUCCAAGCAACUAAUUUGUUUGUUAGGUCGAUUUUCAAAGAACCACUUUUUCAAUUUUAUUAAUGCUUUUUAAGCUUGAUGUUUUGAACGACUUUCGUUACAAAUCUUUGAAUGGUAAGCAAAAUCUCUCCAGCUGCAGGGUCUCAUCAAGAUCCUGAAUCUCAACAAAUUCAAAACAACCUUCGAAUUAGUGGUUUGUUUGAGACCAAUUCUGAUUACAUUGCAAUAACGUGCAAUAUUUUGCGAUUAUAAAGAUAGCUUAAAUGCCUGAUUUCCAGCUGCUAUUUACCAGUAAGAGCUUUUAUUUUUUACACAACAAAGGCAUUUCAAACGUCAGCAACGAACUGUAAAGCUUUUCUUGCCUUCCACGACAACCUGUUUUCGCGCCUGAUUAGUAGCCGUUAUAAACGUGUGUCCUUCUAUGACGUCAUUCUAAGAUGAGAAAAACGUUUCAUGGAAUAUACCAAUUCAACUUACGGCUUUAUUUUAAAAAAUUCUUCAAAUUCUUUUGUACAAAAUUUUUACCUCAGAUUCGGAUUGAGAGCAAGGUUUUCAGUCUACUUGGAAGUUUUCAUUAUGUUAUUGCUCACGAUAUUGAUUUUAUGACGACAUAAAGAUAAAAAAUUUUAUAAUGGAUUUGACCAUGAUUGGCGACUGUGGUGAGGGGGGUAAAGUUUCAACCGGAAUUAUUUUUGGGGUCAGAUCCCUUAUAAGUUUAUUUCUACGUAAAAUCUAAAAUACAACCACAAAUAAUAUUGCAAAUUGUAUCCAGCUUGAAAUUAUGGUGAUAAAACCAAAUUUGAGCUAAAAAUAAUCGUAUCGUGAAGUUUGGAGAAAUGUCCAAAACGAGAUCGUUAGUUAAAUUGGUGUAUUGAUCAUGUUUUAUACGGUAAAGUUCAUGAAGUCCUAUUCUAAAUGCUUUUCUCUAAUUGUUAUGCGCAUACAUUAUGCAACAUUAGUAUAAUUGCAAUGAGAAGAAUGGUGUGUUCAUCGAGUCGUCUCUCACGCAGGUUACUUGACUUUUAUUAGCCAAAUAACAACCUGAAUAUUACUCUAUUAUUUGGAGGUAUUCAGCUUCCUGAUUUUACCCUCACGACACACAUUGCUAAUUGAACAUUACCAGUGUUUACGUUUACUAAUUGAACACUACGGUUACCAGUGUAUGUAUAAACAUAUACAAACCUCCACAAAAUAGCAUUUUAAAUAUCCAAUCACUGUUGCCUAUAUUCUGUCUAUCUCACAAAUGACUGUCCUACCUACAAGUCACAAACAUUGAUUUGCGGCAAAAUAAGCUUGUCUUUUCAUUAUGUUUUGCGAUAUUGUCGGCAAACCUUAAGGAACUUCGCAGUCACAGUUCUGACGCUCUCGUUGGUAAUAAGAUAAUCAUAUAUACAGAGAAGGAUUAAAUUGCUCGAUUUCUAUUGCGAGCACCAACACGUCUUUUUUCUGUUUGAAGUCUUUCACUGGCCGCCUCGUUCUCAUGAGAUGACUGAGCCAGAUAGUAUGUAAUCGCGAGAUAAUGAAUUUGCUCUACGAAGUAUGCAUUAAAGAAAAAGAUUUUUUUUCGUAGGAAGUCAAAUUCAGAAGGGAAUUUCUCGUUUCAUCUUGUUUACUCAAACAGUAUAUGUACCUUCAAUAGACCUGUAUAAGUUGUUUUAGAUGGAAAAUUAGUAAACCUAAUUACGAUACAAUCCAUGUUACAAAAUCUUGCAAGGUAUGCCUUGUUAGUUAUGUUUGCUUAACGAAGAAAAAUCACAAAACUAUGAUGUCGUUGGAAGGAAAUGGAGGAAGUAAGUUUUAGUCUAAUGGCUAUCAAGCUUAUUCUACGUCAAGCUAUGGUUGCCAUGGCAACUGUUCUAUCGCCAGCGUCCUUUUUCGAAUGAAAAGCGUUUCUUUGCAGUAAUGUGUCUGCAAAACAUUCUGCUGAAAUAUAGCAAAAGUAGCAACUUACAAUAUUUCCAAAUUUGGCUUUUGAAUGGUUUUAAAUUCAAAUGUAAUUCAUUUUACAAAAAAAAUCAAACUUGCGAGAUCGAAAAUAAAACAGUACGAUCGAUGAUUAGAAUCCCACGAAUUGAGGCCUGGUAACUAGACAGUUGCCCUGGCAAUAAAACUGGAUGCUCGGAUUAGUUCCAUGUUGGGUUUUCUUGUCAUUUUGUGGCUCACAACGUCUCCUCGUUGAUUCUUGGUAUAGGGCUUGGGGAAAGUUUUUGAAUGGUCAAAGCAAUCUGUACCACCUUUGAUAUUGGCAAAAUCUUUUUAAAGCCCUCAGCAAUAGUUUUUGAUAUAUAACCCCCUUCCGCAUAUAAUGAAAAGUUUAAAAAUUCGGCUUAUUUGCUUAAGAAAUGUAUGUGCAAUUCUGGUAUUUUUCAAAUGAUUCUUUGUAUGCUCAUUAAAUAGACUAAACUAUUUUGUUGGCAACCAAAAUUUUCACCAAUGUUUCAAACUUCCUGCUAAAGAGCCAACAAUUUUUUUACCAAUUAAUUUUAAAAUAUAAGUACUAUAACAAUCAAAUGCAUCUUUGAAAUAAUAAAAGUUUACCGUUUUGCUGGUCUGUCAUACCGUGCUCAGUCGAUUAUAGGCAGAGCAGCCCAGUUACCUGAUGAUCGCUUUAAGCAUGAAAUUCGGAAUUGCAACUUGAAACCGUCCUGAUCUAUGCACCAAAGCUAUUUCAAGGCAUACUGCUAUCCAAACAAUCUUUUGGUGGUAUAAAAUUUGAAAAUGGCUUUGAAAAAAGCAAACAUUUAGAAAACUAAAGCUUUUCGUCUGACACUCUUCAGAGUUUAAAACGUCAGAACAUAGACCGAAAACUCUACGCUAGGAAAUAUAUAUACCCAGUUGUGGAUCGAAAUAGGCCAAUCAGAAACAGGAGCACAUGACUGUUGAGGUUGACCAAUCAGUGCCGCUUGCCUAUUGAGAAUGUUACCAAUGGAGUCCUAAGGUGAAAACGAACUCCUUUUGUCUACACAGUAGCGGUUUUUUCGUGCUUAUGUAGAUAGAUUCCAAAACUGCUAGGUGGAACGA